AUGGAUGUUAAAAAUAUCGGCGAUCGGCGUGAAGGUUCAGGGGAUAGGGGUGUCUUCCCGGAAUUUGCCCCCAAUAUUCGUAUUUUAUUGAUCGAUCACGACACAAAUUCACUUCAGUCCCAUGCAUCAAAACUUGAGCAACAUUUAUACAAAGUGUCUGCUGCGGAAUCAACUGAGGUUGCACUGUCAUUGCUCCAGGCUCGAAAAAAUUAUUUUAACAUGGUAAUAGCUGAUCUUGAACUGCCAGAAGGGGGAAUUUUUGUGGUCGUGGAUAAAUGUCGCCAGAUGAACAUUCCUCUCAUUUUGAUGGCCAGAGAUGGUACCGUGGAGAUGGCGAUGAAGGUUCUAAAUCAUGGGCCGUGCUACCUGGCAACCAAACCGCUAGGCCAGUACACGGUUGAUAACCUCUGGCAGCACAUCGUUCGAGUGACAGGAGAAUUGCCUACUUCAUUAACCGAGACUGCAUUCGUUGGCCAAGACGAACAGGGCGAUUCUAGUAGUCGUGUCAGUGGCGAUGGUGGUGGAAGCAGUCCAAAACAAGGAAACUCGAAGAGGAAAUCGAAUUCUGCAUUUGGAAUUAAGGAUGCAGAUGGUUGCAACUCAGGAAACUUACGCAUGACUUGGACUCAUAAGCUUCAUGCAAAGUUUCUGCAAGCACUUGACGUUCUUGGAGAGAAGAGACCUAAGCCAGAGACGCUUCUAAGGAUGAUGAAUGACCCGUCCCUGACACUUGACGAUAUUUCUGCUCAUCUGCGGGAAUAUCAGAGAGAUCAGAAAGCGCGCUCUGUUAAUCUGCAGGAAAUUGGUGGUCCAGUCGUGCCAAGUUUGCAGCCUGCAGCACCAAAGAGCAUUUCCCUACGAGGCCAAACCUCUGGUACUGCAAAUUUCAACUCUGUGGCAGCGCGUUUUGCUCCAAACAUCCCAAGGUCUCCAAGUUUGCCAAAUCCUCCCAACUCUGUGGCAGCGCGUUUUGCUCCAAACAUCCCAAGGUCUCCAAGUUUGCCGAAUCCUCCCAACUCUGUGGCAGCGCGUUUUGCUCCAGAAAUCCCAAGGUCUCCAACUUUGCCAAAUCCUCCCAGCUCUGUGAGUAACUUCGCGGGCUAUACUCUUUCUUAUGUGAAGGAAAGGCUGGAUGCCUGGAACAAUGAAAGAGCACGUGCUAACAAUGGAUUCCAGGCGCCUAGUGAAGAACCAAAAGGUGCAACCAGAGGAUCAGAGGAGUGA